UCCUAACUCCCCAGUAGUAAGUAUGAAGUUGUCAAACCAUUCUUUUUUACUAAUAAUUUUUUCUUCAAUCGCCAUUUAUUGCUUCGGGGUCGAUGGCAAUCCUAAUUACAGGGAUGCUCUUGCGAAAUCCAUUUUGUUCUUCCAAGGACAGAGGUCUGGGCGCCUCCCAGCUUCGCAGCAAGUCCUGUGGCGUUCCAGUUCCGGGGUUUCUGAUGGUCAGCUAGCUCAUGUGGAUUUAAGUGGCGGGUACUAUGACGCGGGGGACAACGUAAAAUUCAACCUCCCAAUGGCCUACACCACAACAAUGCUAUCAUGGAACGCCCUUGAGCAUGGCAAGAGAAUGGGAGGACAGCUGCCAAAAGCAAGAGAAGCGAUCCGUUGGGCAACCGAUUAUCUUCUAAAAUGUGCCAGGGCCGAACCAGGCAAGCUGUUUGUUGGUGUGGGAGAUCCUAAUGCAGACCAUAAGUGUUGGGAGAGGCCCGAAGACAUGGAUACUGUCCGGAGUGUUUAUUUUGUGUCCUCUCGCAACCCAGGCUCGGACGUGGCAGCAGAAACAGCAGCUGCAUUGGCCUCGGCUUCCAUGGUUUUCCGUAAAGUCGAUCCAGUCUACUCAAGAUUACUCUUGAAAACAGCCAAGAAUGUUUUCAACUUUGCACUUCAGUACAAAGGGUCUUAUAGUGAUUCACUUGGUUCUGCUGUUUGCCCAUUCUAUUGCUCUUACUCUGGAUAUCAGGAUGAAUUGUUGUGGGGAGCUACAUGGCUGUAUAGAGCUACAAAUGAUGCUGCCUACUUAAAUCCCAUCAAGUCACUUGGAGCAAGUAAUCCACCCGACAUUUUCAGCUGGGAUAACAAGUUUGCUGGUGCUUAUGUUCUUUUAUCCAGGAGGGCUUUGGUAGACAAUGACAAAGCUUUCGAGCCCUACAGACAGAAAGCAGAGGACUUCCUCUGUAAAAUUCUGCCAGACUCCCCUUACUCAAGUACACAAUACACACCAGGGGGGCUAAUGUUCAAAUUGAGUGCUAGUAAUCUUCAGUAUGUAACAUCUAUCACCUCCUUGAUCACGAUUUACGCCAAGUACAUGGCUGCAUCAAAGCAAAAUUUUAAAUGUGGGAAUUUACAAGUUACUUCAGCAACCCUCCGAAUCCUCGCAAAGAAGCAGGUGGAUUACAUACUAGGGGAUAAUCCAUUGAAGAUGUCCUACAUGGUAGGCUAUGGUACAAAGUAUCCAAAGAGAAUACACCACAGAGGAUCAUCCAUCCCCUCAUUGAAAGCUAAUCCUCAGCCCAUCCCUUGCCAGGAGGGCUUUCAGCGAUUUUAUUACACAUCAAACCCGAACCCCAACACCCUGAUCGGAGCAAUAGUCGGAGGCCCAGACAAGAACGAUAACUUCCCCGAUGAUCGAACCGACUAUAGCCACUCAGAGCCUGCAACAUAUAUCAAUGCUGGCAUAGUUGGACCAUUAGCUUACUUGGCUGGAAGCUAACACCACUGGAUGGAAUAAAUGCCUCGUGGGUUGCUGCUAACAUUUACGAUUCAUGUGAUCAUGUCCGCUUUCAAAUGGCCCCUAACAUUUACGAUUCAUGUCUGGUUUCAAAUGGCCCCGACACAGAAUGUAGUUAAAAUUGUUUCGACUUCUGAAAUUUACAUCGACACAUAUGGUAGUUAAAAUUGUUUCGACUUCUUAAAUGUAUAUCUAUGUCGGGACACCAAAUACAUGGAACAUAACCAUUUUAACUGUGGGAAUCAAAUCUUUGGGCACCAAAUACAUGGAACAUAACCAUUUUAACUGUGGGAAUCAAA